CGGUGAAGCUCUCAACCACGGGGUUUGGUCAAAUGCGACUGCCUAACACAAGGCCAGUAUAAUCUCCACAGCGGACUGGAUACCACCUAUCGAUACCAUCAGCCGUAUGAUAGCUGAGUCUUACAGUACGCAAGUCGUCUGCGAAGUCCAUCCGUCCAUUGCCUGUUUGUGGCCCACAUUCGGCGGUGCCACCGUCUCCGGCUUCCAACCCACGAGCGCGGCAUAGCUCAGGAUUCUGGCGCCAACAUGUCCAAUCCGCUAUCGUUCGACAACGGAUACCUGGAGACGCUGGUGUCGAAGCCACAGCGGGAGAAUGAGGGCGCAAAGGACACUUACGUCUCCUACCUCGUCACCACCAAGACUGACUUUAAGUCCUUUAUGCGACCCGAGACCAGCGUGCGGCGGCGCUUCACAGACUUUGUCUUCCUCUACACGACGCUAUGUAAAGAAUACCCCGCCGUUGCAGUGCCUCCUCUGCCGGACAAGCAUAACAUGGCCUAUGUCCGCGGUGCUGGGAUGAGCAGCGAUUUCACAACGCGGAGAGCACAUUCGCUGCACAGAUUUCUCAAAAGAAUAUCUUUGCAUCCUGAGCUACGACGGUCGAGUAUUCUGCUGCAAUUCCUCGAAUCGCCCGAAUGGCACGCUACCAUGAAAUCACGCCCCGGCCGUGGCACCUCCCUUUCUAAUGCCUCGGACGGAGGCGGCAUCCUCGACUCCCUCGCCGACACGUUCAUAAACACCUGGGCUAAAGUGCACAAGCCGGAUAAGCGCUUCAUCGAAGUUCGCGAGCGAGCCAACAAGCUGGACGAGGAUCUUUCGCAUGUCGAGAAGAAGAUUGCAUCCGUCGCGCAUAAGCAGGCUCAACUCGAGACCGACUAUUCAGACCUUACACAGCAGUUCCAGAAGCUGCAGGCCUUGGAGCCUGGGGUGGAGCAGGAGUUGACCCGGUUUGCCAGGAGCCUGGAGGAUGAGACUUUGCUUGUCAAGGCUCUCAGGGAGUACACGGAUCUGGACUACCUCAGCUCGCUGAGAGACAUGAGCUCGUACAUUGACUCGCAGAAGUCUCUUCUCAAGGCUCGCGAGCAAAAGCAGCUCGACUUUGAAGGUCUGACGGAUUACCUCGCCAAGGCUGCCGCCGAACGGGACGGCCUAGCAUCGGAGCGCGGCUCCGGUGGGCUGAGCGCGUCCGGAUUCCUGACGCGCAAGAUCGAGGACGUUCGAGGCAUCGAUCACGAGCAGGCACGGCGCGACAAGAUCCGGAAGUUGGAACUCCAGAUUGAAAAGCUGACGCGAGAGGUUGAGCAGGCCCGCAUUAACAGCGAGAUGUUUGACGACAGGACCGUUGCCGAGGUGGCCGAAUUCGAGAGGAUCAAGGCGGUGGAGUUCAAGGAUACGCUUGGGGGGUUGGCCGACGCACAUUUGGAUUUCUUCAAGGGCACGAUCAGCACGUGGGAGAAGUUCUUGAAAGAUAUGGAGAAGGAUCAGGCGCCGAGAGCAGAGGAAUAGCAGGCAUAUUACCUGCUUUUGUGUGCUUUUUUUUUUCUUUUCUUUUCUCCACAGAGAAAAUCUCAUGGGAUGGGUCAUCUGCUUGGAGCGAUACUAAAGGCGACGUGUCGCUCCUGAUAAUAUACCAGCAUCACUAUUGUAACAACAAUGCCCCCAUG